AGCCGACCCUCAGCCAUGACCUCCUUCUCCAACCGCAGCAGCUACAUGUCCUCCUCCAUGAGAGGCUCCACCAUGAUGGCCCCCUCCAUGUCCUCCUCCUCCUCCCGGCGGCUCGGCAGCUCGGGGGCCGGCAGCGUGUACGGAGGAGCUGGAGGGUCUGGAGUCCGGGUCUCCAAGGCCUCCUUCUCCUCCUCCGGUGCCGGCGGUGCCUUCAACCUGUCCGAUGCCGUCGACGUGUCCGUCAGCGAGAAGGCCACCAUGCAGAACCUCAACGACCGCUUGGCCACCUACCUGAACAAGGUGCGCAGCCUGGAGAAGGCCAACGGAGAGCUGGAGAUGAAGAUCAGACAGUUCCUGGAGAGCAAGACCAGACCUGAGGGCCACGACUGCACCGCAUUCAAGGUCACCAUCAAAGACCUGCAGGACAAGAUCAACUACGCUGCUCGUGGAAACGCCGCCCUCGUCCUCGCAAUCGACAACGCCCAGCUGGCCACCGAUGACUUCAAACUCAAGUUCGAUAACGAGCUGGCCAUGCGUCAGUCGGUGGAGGCCGACAUCGCCGGACUGAAGAGGGUCUUCCAAGAACUGACCCUGAGCCGAUCUGACCUGGAGAUGCAGAUGGAGGGUCUGAGGGAAGAGCUGCUCCAGCUGAAGAGGAACCACGAGGAGGACCUGCUGGCCAUGCGGGCCCAGGUGGGAGGUCAGGUGAACGUGGAGGUGGACGCCGCUCCUCAGGAGGACUUGUCCGUCGUCAUGGCCGGAAUCAGAGAACACUACGAGACCGUCGCCACCAAGAACCGCAGAGACCUGGAGGUCUGGUUCCAGGCCAAGUCGGCCGAGCUGAACAAAGAGGUAGCUUCAAGAACUGAGACCCUGCAGACGUCCAAGACUGAGAUCGGAGAGGUCAGAAGAACUCUUCAGACUCUGGAGAUCAAACUGCAGGCUUGGAUCAGCAAGAAAGGAGCUGCCGAGGAUCUUCUGGCUGAGACCAGGAACCGCUACGCCAACAUGCUGGCGGGUUACCAGAGGCAGGUGGAGGCUCUGGAGGAGCAGCUGGCCCAGCUGAGGAACAACCUGGAGAACCAGAAGGUCAUGUACACCGACCUGCUGGACAUCAAGACCAGACUGGAGCUGGAGAUCGCCGAGUACAGGAGGCUGCUGGACGGAGAGAGCACCACCAGCACCACCACCACCACCACCACCAAGACCAGCAGGGUGGUGACCAUCGUGCAGGAAAUCGAUGAAUCUGGAAACGUGAUCCAGAGCAGUUAGACCAGAAUCAAAC